CGCUUAGCCUCACAAGGAAAACCGUGUGAGUGGAAGUCUACCCAGCAUUGGAUCUGAGGGGCCUCUUUCAAGGAGGUAGGACCAGUCUGGAGAGCGCAGUCAGUCCAGAGGAGCUGGCGUCAUGGAGAAGCUGCUUGUCUUGGUCUUUGCUGUCUCCCUGCUGGCUUUCUCCUCAGACGCCUCCCCGAUUCUGACAGAAAAGCAAGCAAAACAGCUCCUGAGGUCCAGGCGUCAGGACAGGCCCAGCAAACCUGGAUUCCCGGAUGAGCCUAUGCGGGAGUAUAUGCACCACCUCCUGGCCCUGGAGCACCGCGCUGAGGAACAGUUUCUGGAACACUGGCUGAAUCCUCACUGCAAGCCUCACUGCGACAGGAACAUUGUCCAUCCCGUGUAAAGGACCUGGAGCUAGCUCGCAAGCACGCUGACAGGCAGUGAUCCAGAGACUGCUGGGACAGAGAGAAACUUAUCUUCUAUCUGAUCUGAAGCUUUAGAAACAAUGUCGUUUGACCUCAAGAACAUGUGGCCCUUAGUGAGCGGGGCAGAAGUUGCCUUGGGGGAGAUGAUGAAUAUGUAUUCUGCUUCAUUUUACUAACCCGCCUUUAUCAUGGAAACUAACAGCUUGAAGCCCAGGGCUCCUGAAGGCCUUCCUGUCAGUUUGCAAGUGUAGUCAGAACCCCAGUUCUUCCUUAGAGGGAGGGAGCUGGGGGCCUGCAGAACAGGCAUGGGGCAGAGCAUCUGUCCUGGGACUCUGGGGAUAGCUUGUUCAGUAGAGGGAAGUGCAUCACUGGGGGCUGCUGAGUUUUGGGUCAUCUAUUUUUUCCUUUCA